AUGUCAAAGCAGCCAUGGAUCGAGACGCCUUUGAUAUGGUCAAAACGCCUAUCUGGAAUUUGCGGAUGCAACAUUUAUCUGAAGCUUGAGAACACUCAACCUUCCGGAUCUUUCAAAAGUCGGGGCAUGAGCGCUUUCGUACAGGCUCAUCUUCCCAAAGAGGCACCACCCCACGUUCAAAAUGGCGGGACUGAACAUCAAGAAGAGCACACCACAACACACUUCUUCUGCAGCUCCGGAGGGAAUGCCGGCCUUGGAUGUGUUUCAGCCGCCGUAACGUUCGGUUGCCCAGCUACAAUCGUCGUUCCCAAUUCCACCYCCGAUUAUAUGAUAUCCAAAUUGGAGGAUGCUGGCGCGACUAAGGUCAUUCAAACAGGAGCAUCCUGGUUUGAGGCAGAUGAAUAUCUACGGGAAGAAAUCUUACCGGCAGCUCGAGCAAAGGGACAAAAAGCCGUCUAUGUUCCACCUUUUGAUGAUCCUGCUAUCUGGGCAGGAAACUCCACCAUGGUUGAUGAGAUUGUUAAGCAGCUGGCCACAGUUGACGAGCACUAUCCGUCAAACAUUCCACGGCCAGAGAAUGGCGUCGUAAAUGGAACCAAGAACGAGCCAGUCGCACUUCUUCCAGACGCCAUCAUCUGCAGCGUAGGAGGCGGUGGCCUUCUAAAUGGAAUCAUGCAGGGAUUGGAACRCCACGCUGCGUGGAAAGGAAAAAGUGCGGGUCCCAAAAUUCUAGCCGUCGAGACUAUUGGAGCAGAUGCACUUUCGCAAUCAGUGGAGAAAGGAGAGCUCGUCACCUUACCAGAGAUCACAAGCAUUGCUACUACCCUCGGCGCUCGCAGGGUUUCGGAACAAGCUUUUACUUAUGCCAUGGACAAAGAGCGGGUUACAUGCGCUGUUCUUAGCGAUGUGGAAACUGUGGAGGCCUGUAAGCGAUUUGCAGAUGACGAGCGAAUUUUGGUGGAACCUGCUUGUGCGGUCUCCUUGGCUGUCUUGUACACUGGCAAGCUUCACGAAUAUCUUCCUGGUCUACAACCGGAAAGUCGUGUCGUUGUUGUCGUGUGUGGAGGGAGCGGUCUUUCUCUGGAGAUCUUGAAUAAGUACAUCGGGGAUUUCUUGGGAUAG